AUGCCCUUUGUUGCCCGUCAACAGGCGACCAGCGGCCACCCGGGCAAGACGGCAAUUAAUAUACUGCCUAUAAGCUGGGCUGCCUGGGACUACGGCGUAUCUCAUAUGGCGGUUCAGAAGCACCUCCAGGCCCUUCAGGAGGGCCGUAACCUCCGCGCAAGCCCGAAUGAACCCGGCCGUCCCCAGUUGCUUACGGAGGCUGAAGAUACAGCUCUUGGCGCCUUUGUUAUAUGGUAA